AUGGCAACAACAACAAAUCGUCUUUCCUUAUCAUCAACUUCUACAUAUACAGCCAAUAAAUUUUCUAGUUCCGCUGAUUUAAUUUCAAGAUAUUUGACAAUAGUAGAAAAUGCAAAAAUAAAUCAUCAAAAUGAUAUUGAACAGUUAAAUCAAAAAAUAAAAAAUCUUGAAUCUGAAAAUAAAUAUUUACGUACAUUACAAGAACAACAUCCACAUUCUAUAUUUGAUAUUAAUUAUGUACCAAAUGAUACAUCAACAGUUAAUCAACUUCAAUCAGAACUUGAACGAGCACAAAAACAAAUUGAUACUUUACAAACAUCAUUAAAUUUACAAUAUUCAGAAUAUGAAGAAAUGAAAACAAAAUAUAAUUUACAACGUUUAAUGAAUGAAAAUUAUUUUGAUCAACAAAAUUCAAAUACAGAUUCAAAUAAAAUAAAAGAACUUGAAUUAAAAUUCAAACAAAUUAAAGAUCAAAUAAAUCAAUUUGAACAAUGUAAUUAUGAAAGUGAAGAACAAAUACGUUUAUUAAAACAAAUUAUAUCAAAUAAUGAACAAGAACAAACAAAAACAAUAACACAAAGUUUAACAGUUAAACAAUCAGAUUUAUUACAACAAACAACUAUUGUUGAAAAUCUUUUAAAUAAACAACAUGAAAAAAUUUUAGAUAAAAUUUUGGAAUUACUCGAUCAAAAUCCUCGACAAAAUCAACCAACAACAGCAAAAAAUAAAAAACCUAAAAAGAAAAGAUUAUAA